GGAGCCGCCGCCGAAGCCCCGGGCGGGACCGGAACGGCCCGGGGGGCACCGGGGGGGGCUCUGGGGUCCUGACCCGGCCCGGGACGGGCGGCCUGGGGGCUUCAGGCGCUGCUGGGCAGGGCGCGACGGGCAUGGCGGGCGCCUCGGUGAAGGUGGCGGUCCGGGUGCGGCCCUUCAGCCCCCGCGAGAGCAGCCGGCAGGCCAAGUGCGUCAUCCAGAUGCGAGGGAACACCACCUGCAUCACCAACCCCAAGCUCCCCAAGGACGGCACCAAGCACUUCACCUUCGACUACUCCUACUGGUCCCACACCUCGGAGGAGGACCCAAAUUUCGCCUCCCAGCGCCAGGUGUACCAGGACAUCGGGGAGGAGAUGCUGGCCCACGCCUUCGAGGGCUACAACGUUUGCAUCCUGGCCUACGGCCAGACCGGCGCCGGCAAGUCCUACACCAUGAUGGGGCGGCAGGAACCGGGGCAGAGAGGCAUCAUCCCGCAGCUCUGCGAGGAUCUGUUCGCCCGCGUCGCACGGGAGGGGUCCCCCGAGCUCUCCUUCUCCGUGGAGGUGAGCUACCUGGAGAUCUACUGCGAGCGUGUGCGGGACCUGCUGAACCCCAAGAGCCGGGGGGGGCUGAGGGUGCGGGAGCACCCCCUGCUCGGGCCCUACGUGCAGGAUCUGUCCCGCCUCGCCGUCGCCUCCUUCGCCGACAUCGCCGACCUCAUGGACAGCGGCAACAAGGCCAGGACGGUGGCGGCCACGAACAUGAACGAGACGAGCAGCCGCUCGCACGCCGUGUUCACCAUCGUGUUCAGCCAGCGCCGCCGCGACCCCCUCAGCGACCUCACCACGGAGAAGGUGAGCCGCAUCAGCCUGGUGGACCUGGCGGGCAGCGAACGCGCCGACGCCUCGGGGGCCAAGGGAAUCCGCCUCAAGGAAGGCGCCAACAUCAACAAAUCUCUGACCACCCUGGGCAAGGUCAUCUCCGCCCUGGCCGAGGCGACCAGCAAGAAGAAGAAGCCGGAUUUCAUCCCCUACCGCGACUCGGUGCUGACGUGGCUGCUGAAGGAGAACCUGGGUGGGAACUCGCGCACGGCCAUGAUCGCGGCGCUGAGCCCGGCCGACAUCAACUACGAGGAGACGCUGAGCACGCUGCGCUACGCAGACCGCACCAAGCAGAUCCGGUGCCACGCGGUGAUCAACGAGGACCCCAACGCGCGGCUGAUCCGGGAGCUGCGCCAGGAGGUGACGCGGCUGAGGGAGCUGCUCAGCGCCCAGGCCCCCCAAGACCCCCCCACCCAGACUGCCCCCACCCUCAACGGGGGCCGGAGCCGGAGCCUCCUGGGCGCCGCCGAGGCCAUGGAGAGGCUGCAGGAGACAGAGAAGAUCAGCGAGCUCAACGAGACGUGGGAGGAGAAGCUGCCGACGGAGGCCCUGAGGCUGGAGAGGGAGGCGCUGCUGGCUGAGAUGGGGGUGGCCCUGCGAGAGGACGGCGGCACCGUCGGCGUCUUCUCCCCUAAAAAGACCCCCCACUUGGUGAACCUCAACGAGGACCCGCUGAUGUCCGAGUGCCUCCUCUACCACAUCAAGGACGGCGUCACCAGGGUGGGCCAGGUGGACGUGGACAUCAAGCUGUCGGGGCCGUUCAUCCGGGAGCGGCACUGCCUGUUCCGCAGCUGCCCCGACCCCUCGGGGGAAGUUGUGGUGACGCUGGAGCCGUGCGAGGGGGCCGAGAUCUACGUCAACGGGAAGCAGGUGACGGAGCCGGUGGUGGCUCAAGUCGGGCAGGGCUCCCGCCUCAUUUUGGGCAAGAACCACGUGUUCCGCUUCACCCACCCCGAGCAGGCGCGGCGGGAGCGGGAACGGGGGGCCCCCCCCGGGCCCCCCCUGGACUGGAACCUGGCACAGCGAGAGCUGCUGGAGCAGCAGGGCAUCGACAUGCGCCUCCAGAGGCUCCAGGAGCUGGAGAACCAACCCCAGCCGGAGAAGGAGACGGUGGAGCAGCCAGAGCCCCCCACGUCAGACCCCCGCUGCUACGAGGCCGGCUGGCGCCUGAUCUCGUCGCUGCGGGCGGCGCUGCCGGCGCCCGCCGUGCGCUCGGUGCUGCCGCCGGGAAAGCGCCGGGAGCCGCUGCGCGUCUACCAAAUCCCCCAGCGCCGCCACGGGGGCUCCUCGGCACCGCCAGCAUCCUCCACAUCGACCCCAUCGACCCCCUGGGUGACCAUGGCCGACCUGAAGGCGCGGGCGGUGCGGGAGCUGUGCCGGCGCCACGGCAAGCGCGAGCCCGCCGAGCGCGACGGCUGCCGCGCCGUGGCCGGGGACGUGUGGGAUGCUGUGGGUGGUGAGGAUGAGGAAGGGGUUGUUGGUGGCCCCACCUGCGAGCAGGCGAGCGAGGUGGAAGGGCUGAGGCUGCACCUGGACCGGCUGGCGGGGAUCCUGCGCGAGGUGAAGCGGCAGAACAGCGCCAAGGACGAGCAGAUCCGCGCCCUGCGCGACCGCGUGGGGCAGAUGGAGCGCGUCCUCCCGCUGCCGCCGGUGAGGGGGCUCCCCACGGGGCGCCCCGAGAGCCUCGGGGUGCCUGAGCCACGGCCUGACCCACAGCACCCUCCCAGACAUCCCCCCAAGGGGUGGGCCCUGCCUGCCCCACGAGCUCCUAACGCAGCCCCACGAGCUCCUAACGCAGAUCCUGCCCCACGAGCUCCUAACGCAGCCCCACGAGCUCCUAAAGCAGAUCCUGCCCCACGAGCUCCUAACGCAGAUCCCGCCCCACGAGCUCCUCAGAUCCCGCCCCACGAGCUCCUAACGCAGAUCCCGCCCCACGAGCUCCUAGCACAGAUCCUGCCCCACAAAUCCCUAAAGCAGAUCCUGCCCCACGAGCUCCUAACGAAGAUCCCACCCCACAAACUCCUAACGCAGAUCCUGCCCUACGAGCUCCUAACGCAGCCCCACGAGCUCCUAACGCAGAUCCUGCCCCACAACCUCCUAAUGCAGAUCCUGCCCCACGAGCUCCUAACGCAGCCCCACGAGCUCCUAACGCAGAUCCUGCCCCACGAGCUCCUAACGCAGAUCCUGCCCCACGAGCUCCUAAAGCAGAUCCUGCCCCAUGAGUUCCUAACGCAGAUCCUGCCCCACGAGCUCCUAAAGCAGAUCCCGCCCCUACGAGCUCCUAACGACGACGAUGCCGACGAUGCCGAGCCCCGCCCGAGAGCCCCCUGGACUCCCUCCUGGCUCGGAGCCGGGGUCGCCGCCGUCUCCUCUCCCCGUCGGCGGCGGCGGCGCGGCUGUGCCGGCUCAUGGAGCAGGACCCGGCGUUCCGGCGGGAGGCUGCGCUGGCUGCGCCAGGAGCAGGCCCGCCUCGUGGCCGGGGAGGGGAAACCCGCAGCCCCCGCCCACCCCCCGCGCCGCCCCCACCGCCUCCUCCUCAACGCGGCCUCCCAGGACUCCAAGCUGCGCUCCCUUUAA